AUGACCUAUGCUCACCAGGUUGAAGAAACAUUUGUAGGGAUGAAUGAUGAUAUUGAGAAAUUGAAAUACCUCGUCGUGAAUGAGCAUACGCACCAUCAAGUUGUUUCGAUCUGGGGCAUGGGAGGUUCUGGGAAGACCACAGUUGCAAGAAAAAUCUACAACCAUGCUGGGAUUCGACGCCAAUUUGAGGCCUUUGCUUGGGUGUGUAUAACUCAGCAAGGCCAAGUUAGAAAAGUUUUGGAGGAAAUCUUGCAACAGCUGUACUUAGAUCCAGAAAAGAAGAAAAAUGUCAAUGUGGCUGACAGGGAAUUGAUGGAGCUGUAUAAAGAACAAAAGGAGAAGAAAUGCUUGGUUGUUCUGGAUGACAUUUGGAGUGCAAUUGAUUGGAAUUGCCUCCAACCGGUCUUCCCAUUGAUCAAGGAAUCUCGGAGUAAGAUUUUGCUUACAACUCGUAACCUAGAAGUAGCUCAAGUUGGACGGGUUCACGAACUCAGUUUUUUGAACAGCAACGAAGCUUAG